AACAGAAGAAGAGCAGGAUUCGUGACCCGGACGAGGUUUCUGUCUGGUUCCGUUGACAGUGCUCAAGCUGUCAGCACAAAUUCGUUCAGAAUCAGCGCUUUACCGAGACAUCAGUGAAAAUGCCCGGCGCGGAUAAAGAGACCGAGCUGUCCGAGCGAAUCGAGGCGUUUCUGUCCGAGCUGAAGCGCUGCGGCAGCGGGGCAGGGUCCCUCCGUGGCUCCGCGGAAACUGCCCGAGAAACGACCUCUUUACUCCGCAGAAUCACCGCGCAGGCCCGCUGGAGCAACGCCGGAGAUCUGAUGGAAAUCAUACGGAAGGAGGGCAGGCGGAUGACAGCAGGACAGCCGUCUGAGACCACCGUCGGUAACAUGGUGCGCAGGGUGCUGAAGAUCAUUCGAGAAGAGUAUGCGAGGUCCAGAGGCAGCACUGAAGAAGCGGAUCAACAGGAGUCUCUGCACAAGCUGCUGACGUCUGGAGGAUCCAGCGAGGACAACUUCAGACAGCACUUCACUCAUCUCAAAGCCAACGUCAUUGAAGCCAUCAACGAACUGCUGACAGAACUGGAGGGCACCACAGACAACAUCUCCAUGCAGGCGCUGGAACACAUCCACUCCAACGAGGUGAUCAUGACCAUCGGCCGCUCCAGAACAGUGGAAGCUUUCCUUAAAGACGCAGCGCGGAAACGCAAAUUUCACGUCAUUGUUGCAGAGUGUGCGCCCUUCUGUCAGGGGCAUGAAAUGGCCACAAGUCUUUCCAAAGAGGACAUCGAGACAACAGUCAUCCCAGACGCGGCCAUUUUCGCUGUAAUGUCAAGAGUCAAUAAGGUGAUCAUCGGCACACAGACGGUUCUGGCUAACGGGGGUCUGCGGGCAGUUAACGGCACACACACACUAGCUCUGGCUGCCAAACAUCAUUCGACUCCCCUCAUCGUCUGCGCUCCCAUGUUCAAGCUAUCGCCACAGUUUCCUAAUGAGGAGGACACGUUUCAUAAAUUCGUUUCACCGCAUGAAGUGCUUCCCUUUACUGAAGGUGAGAUCUUGUCAAAGGUCAACGCUCACUGUCCGGUAUUUGACUACGUUCCUCCAGAACUCAUCACUCUGUUCAUCUCAAACAUAGGUGGGAACGCUCCGUCAUACAUUUACCGUUUGAUGAGUGAACUUUACCACCCUGAAGAUCAUGAACUCUAGCCUGGAAAGUAAAGAAUCUGACUCGCAUGUUUGUCUCGCACUUUGGCUUUCAAAACCGCUGUGAUUGUGAAAGCUUCUGAUCCAUAUUUACAGAGUAAAGACAACAUUCAUGUG